AUGCAGGUCUUCGACAAAUGGCAAGUACAAAGCUUCCGCAGCAGCGAGAGCCCUGGUCUCAUCCUGAAGACUGUCGAAUACCGAGAGCUUGGGGACCACCUCCAGCAACUGAAAGCCUGCUUGGAGGCCUGGCGCUGUCGCUGCGUGCGCGCCUGGCUCCGCGGCGCGGGCUUCCGGCUGGGACAGUCCGUGGUGUCUUGGGGCAACCUGGCCGUCGAGCAGUGCAUCUUCGCAACCUGGCGCAAGCUCUGCCUCACCCACCAUGCCGAGUUUUCUGUCACACGGCUCUUUGCAGCGCAGCGAAUAGGAAGGGCCUUGAUGGCAAGACAGCGGCUUGCCCUGCGGCACUGGUCGAACCAGGCCAUACAAAUGGCGACGGCCGCCUUGCAGAACCAGGUCAAGAAACUCGACAUGCUCCACCUCGCCAACCUGUUCGACGUCAAUGUCGACGCCGAGAUAGAGCAUCGCCACUGGCGUAUGCGAUGCAUCUUCGAGGCGUGGCAGAUUGGCUGUCGGCAGCUCGUGCUGGGAGCCUCAGGAUCAAGCAUGUGGAUCUAA